CGUGACAAGUUGUAACGUGGGAAAAUUGCGGAACUACAGUGAUCUUAUUGCAGGCGCAUAGUGAUCGCAUUGGCCAACGUAAGAUAUGCGGAGAAGUUGUAUUACUCUGAGGGAGAACAAUCCGAUAAGUUUGAAUACUCGUAUGGUGAAGCCAUCGUUGAAUACCGGUCAAUCAACAGAACAUAUGUGUUGAAACGCUAUGAAAGAUGGGUGUGAAGAAACUAACAACACGAUGGUUUCUUCAAGCAACCGUGCUCGUGUUUCUAGUGAUGCCAAAUUUCAACAGUGCCAGAGUAGCCAACGUUGUCGUUGUGAUGCCCAAAGGUCCAAGAACACUGCAGAUGCUUGGAUCGAUAAGUCCACAAUUACUGCACACGAUCAGUGAUGUGCUGAAGCCAGUUCCUGCAAACGUGGUGCAGAUUCCAAUUCCCUAUUACCCCGACUAUGGGAAUGCGCUGCCGGUUAUACAUCAGAAGCAUUAUCCAACAGCUACCAUCAACAGUGCGUACUUCAGAAGUCCAUUUAUACGCCACGUUCCUCCCCCGCAUAUUACUACCACAACAUCGUAUUAUUCGUAUCCUCAAAGUAUAUCACCUCAUAAAGUAUCCUACCCAUUCAGCGUUGAUUUGCACAGCAUUCAACCCGGUCCGUAUGAUACUCCUUUCAUUCCUAAGUUGAAGCCCAGCCCUGUCAAUCCACUGCACAUCGAAAGUCCUCCAGAAAUUAAGUUCACUCCAGUCAAUCUACUUCCACCUGACCCACCAUCAUUUGAUACCAUACGUAAUUAUGUUCAAAAGCUAAAAGCCAAGCAAAAGGAGUUCUUCGAUACUCAAGGUUUCGAAUAUGGUCUAUUUACGCAACCCAAUACCAAGCCGACUAGCUACCACCGACCUGUUGAGCUGAAGAUCAAACCGAAUAAGUACAAGUACAUCUAUGAGGAAUUCUUCCCAAAGCGUCCGUCUUAUUUUGGCCAUAAUAACUUGCAUUCGCAAGAAGAGGAAGAAUCUGAUUCCAAAUUCUACUACGGCAACGCAGAAGGAAACGAUUCUGAAAACGACUUUAAACCGAUUGAACUGGACGGCAUCGCAGAUCCUGAAGACGCACACUUCGUUGAGCAGGGCGAUGAACUCCUGCUGAAGACGAAGCUUCCGGAUACCGCGGUAAUAACCCCUAGCGAACUGGAUGCAUUUAUUGAAUUCGAAAACCAGCUUGGACUUCGUCCUUCGAGUACGGACGACAGGAGCGAUCACAAAGUUUUGCAAAGAAUGCAAAAUCGAUACAAACGGUUUCGGAAAACCGAUCGAGCAGGACGCGCCAGUGGUGACCAGGAUGUUGAAGCCGACUUCUACGAUUCUGAUGAGGGGAAGAGGAAGUUUGGUGAAGUAGACUUCGAAGACGUCGAGGAAGAUGUGCGAUCACAUGAUCGUUUCGAACCGAAGAAAACUUAUACUCAGGUUCGGCAUCAGGUAAUGGUGUUGAGGAAACCUAAAGUUAAGAGCGAACCGAAGAUCCGAGAGAAGGUCACCAUCUCCAGGACGAACAUCGUGUAUUCGGAAAAGGGUAAGGAAGAUGAACAUUUUGAUCAUGGUAGCGAGGAAUCUUUUGGCGAAUUUAAAUCUGAAUCCAAAGCACCUAAGAAGCGUAGGAAUAAACGUGAUACUUCGGCAGUUGAUUUAUCGUCGUUAGAAGCUACGAGCAAUAACAGUAUUUCAGAACAUGAUGCUAAUUCUGAUGAAGAUGAUUUCAGUAGGGAGAACGAAAUCGAUUACGAAAACGAUUUGGAAUACGACAAUGACGAAGAUAACAAUCACACCAUUUACCUCCCAUAUGCACAAGCGUUGGUAUUCCAAAAUGACACUGAUAUGUUUGUAUUACCAAUGCCAGAAGCUUUAGUUGAUCCUCGUGAACUGCAGGGUGAGGAUUUAUUGAAUUUCUUGGAUGAGGCACUCAAAAACUCUACGGAGUUUCUUCCACCCGAAGAGGAGAAGAUGGUGAAGAUAAGUCCAGAGAUUCAAAAUCUAAAAGGCGAAGAACUUAUUCGGUUUUUGGAUGAGGCUAUCAAAUCGUCCAAUCAGUAUCUCAUCAACGGGCCUGGAGAUGCUAUUGAGUUGGUAAACCCCCCACAGUUGGGUGAUGAAUCUGACGAAGAAGCAGAACCCACCAUAGCGGACCAUGUGAUUGAGUAUGAAACAGAUCCUCCUCGACCGGAGGAAAUUCACAGCGAAGUUUUGAGAUACACUCAGCAGCAUAAGCUACCGGAUGCUCCGGAAUACGAGGUGGUUAAUUUUGUGCAACCUCUCAAGACGUUGUUAAGAUCGCGCAAGAACAAUGAUUUUGAGAUUGAGUUCGAUAGUCAAGACCCAAGGCAAUUGCAUGGGGAUGAGCUGUUGCGAUUUUUAGAUGAAGCCAUCGACAAUACGACGCUCUAUAUUCCGAAGGGGUAUAACGAUACCGGCCCAGUUACACCAUAUUUGAAGCGGGCCUUUCAUUACGUAGAUGUGGAUACUGCUUUAGGCCUAGCAGAAAAUAUUUCAACAGAGGUAUCAGAUUAUCUGAGAGACAGGAAGCGACCAACACAAGUUGAACCAGAUUCGGUAGUCAAUGAGAGUGUCUUCGUACCGGCCCGUAGAAACGGUAACAAUGCACUCAAACAAGCCAAUUUAAGAAAAGACAAAAUCAAGCAGUCCAACCCAGCAGUAACGGUGUACAAUGAUGUGAUUAGGCACAUUAAGAAUCACAUGUCUGCCAGUAAAUCAAACAAGAGUAAAAAAGGAAACUUGUUUAUGAUAGCAGUUCCCAGAAGCAUACGAGGGGACAACACUCAAACAAUAGAAAGAAGACAAGAUGACUACUUGUUCGAUAGUCUACGGCUGGGAACCGUAUAUCCUCUUCCGAUUUUCGAUAUCAACCAAUUUUAUCCGACUAUUUAUCCGAAACACUCAGGUGGCUCUUUUGAAUUAGAUGAUACAAAAGAGGCAAUAGAGCAAGAAGCAGAACGUCUAGUUGAAGAGCAAAGCAAUAAAUCAUCACAUAAAGAGCAAACCUCACAUGGACGACGAAAACCAACAAAACCGUAUUUGCGAGAUGACAUUGCUGAUGCCUUCAGAGACCGAACUCGUUUUCAAGGACCCCACCCUGGAUCACAUUCCCAUAAGAAUUCAUAUGCCGUGAAAGAAAAUAUUCGUGACAUUCCCCAACCUGCCUUCAAGAAGCCGGGCCCACCCUAUACAGCAGUGCCUCUUCCACCGAGUAACCUAAAAACUAAACUUUCUUCCCUGAAUGCCGCCAGUAGUCAACUAGCUGUUCGGCAUCCGCCUCCGCCUCAUUUCCCACCUCUAAAGAAGCGGAAAAGAACGCAUCGCCGCCCGCAUAAGAAGCCGAAGCGACGCCCCAGUGGAGUGCGGACGAAGGUUCGCAUCAUCAAGCGUUGAAGUCUUUGGCGCUAGCCGCUGACCGCGGAGGCUUUCUCCUGUCGAAAAAAAAAAUGUAGAAUUAGCAAGCCAUCUUGGGUUUUGCCGCCAAUGACGUCCCUCCUAGCUAGAUAGUGUAUCAUUAUUAAUUACUUUCCCCGACGAUGCCGCUACUGUUGCAGCUUCCUGCAACUGGCACUUAAGGCCUUACCUUGAGUCGAGCUGUGCGAAUGAGGAAUAGAGGGGGAUUUCGGAGUUCCCAACGAAAUACAACGCCAUCUCGUACAGACCGGAACCGAAAUGGACUUGCACCCAGUUUCCUCCAAUUAGACAAUUAAGUUAAUCUAUUGCGCACAUAUUUAUUUUUCUCAUGAGAGUAGGAUUCGUAAAUUCGAAGACUUCAUAUGUCGAGGCGCGCAUAUUUUUGAAAUGGGAUAUUUAUUUAAUCGCCAUGACAGUAUUGAUUCAGUAUUGAAGUUCUAACUCAGAACAAUAAGUAUACGUUAUUUUGGAAGCUUUAUGUGUGUAAAAAUCGAACGAAGAUAGCUAAUCUCGAUGUACGUAGUCUUCGUUGAGACCAACAGCCAGCGGUUCAUUUGUUCAUAGUAGCGAAGUAGAUAAUGGUACAGUAGUAGCAAUCAGAUGAGAGAACUAGUGAAAAGUGAAUGUAAUUUUAAGGUGAAUAAAAACAAACGAUGAUUAAAUUA